AUGUAUAGGAAUGGGGUAGGCAUUUUAGUAGAUAGUGAGCUAAAGGACCAGGUAGUAGAGGUUAGGAGGGUCAAUGACUGGAUGAUGGCGAUUAAGUUUGUCAUGGGAGGGUCUACUUUGAACAUUAUUAGUGCUUACGCGCCACAAGCAGACUUGGACGAGGAGGAGAAGAGACGCUUUUGGGAGGAUUUGGAUGAAGUGAUGAGAGGUAUAUCGCCCACCGAGAAGUUAUUCAUUGGAGGAGAUUUCAAUGAACACAUUGGAUCAUCUAUAGGGGGCUAUAACGAUAAGCAUGGAGGUUUUGGCUUUGGGGAAAGGAAUGGAGGAGGGGUCUCACUCCUGGAUUUUGCAAAAGCUUUUGGAUUGGUGGUAGCCAACUCGAGUUUUCCGAAAAGAGAGUAG